CGAUCCCCAUUCUUGUCCUUCAGGCUCAUUCCUGCUGGAUUGUUGACAGAAAGGCAGAAACUGGAGAGAUUGGAGGCCGCGCCUGACGCUUUGUUCCCGGACACGAAGCGCUGGAUGUCCGGAGAGGCUCCGGCGGGUUAUGGACGUCUCUGGACCGGUUCAGGAGGAAGACCUGGAGCCCUGAGCCGACCCGUUUGCCGCCCACCAGAACCAGCUGGGGUUCUGCCCACGGCACCGCCGCCGGACCCAGCCAGCAGCACAGAGGGCCACCAGGACUCGUCCUCCUCCGGGUCAGAACCUGCUGAGCCUCCGGGUCAGAACCUACUAAGCCUCCGGGUCAGAACCUGCUGAGCCCGGUGGUCCCGGCGUAGGACCUCUGAGGAGAUGGAGCCCAGCAUGGAGAGCUGCUUGGCCCAGGUUCUGCAGAAGGAUGUGGGCCGGCGCCUGCAAACGGGUCAGGACAUCAUCGACUACAUUCUGGACCAGGACAAGUCCCCGGACCUGGACCAGGACCAGACGGCGCUGGACCGGAUGGUGGACGGGAUUGCCACCUCCUGGGUCAACUCCAGCAACUUCAAGGUGAAUCUGCUGGGCUUGGACCUCCUGUCUGCCUUGGUGACGCGGUUACAGGACAGAUUCCGGGCUCAAAUCGGAACAGUUCUACCCAGCCUGAUCGAUCGACUGGGAGACGCCAAAGAUCAAGUUCGAGAGCAGGACCAGACUCUGCUGCUAAAGAUCAUGGAGCAGGCUGCGUCUCCUCAGGUAGGGACUUUGUCCUCCUCAGUGGGACAGUUGGUGGAGGAAGCAGCUAUUUUUAGCCCGGCUGGUCAGAACCGACCCGCUUUAAGCCGGACUCUGAACCCAGGUCCAGAGUUCUGGACUGUGGGGGAACAGCUGAACACAAGUCUGAUAAGAAACCUAGAGGCUACAGGUCAGGGGUCAAAGGUCAGGACCCUGAACAACCUGGACCCAACUGCUGGAGGCCAUGAGGGACACAACCAACCCAGAACAGAGAAGCUGUCCAGCAUGGCGAGUGUGGAGUUUAAACCAGCGGCUUCUUCUUCUUCUGCAGAUAAAAACUUUGAGGAUGAAGACUCAGUGGAUGGAGGCAGGUCCUCCUCCUCCUCGUCCUCCAAGGCGCCUCCUGGUGGGCGGAGGCCGGCAGUGAGCUCGGUGAGGAGACCCAGCUCUGGUUCAUCCACCAAGUCCACAGGUAAAGAAGCCGCAGCUGGAGCUGUGGACGAAGAGGACUUCAUCAAAGCGUUUGACGACGUGCCGUCGGUCCAGGUAGGUGGGCGGGUCAUGCAUGUGAAGGAACGUUCAGGUGGGCGGGGUCAUGCAUGCGAAGGAACGUUCAGGUGGGCGGGGUCAUUCAUGCGAAGGAACGUUCAGGUGGGCGGGGUCAUGCAUGCGAAGGAACGUUCAGGUGGGCGGGGUCAUGCAUGCGAAGGAACGUUCAGGUGGGCGGGGCAUCUGUCCUCGGUGCUGCAGAACAAAUUUGACCACGGAGCGGAGAGCGUCAUGCCCACCCUGCUGAACCUGGUACCCAACAGCGCCAAGGUCAUGGCCACGUCAGGGAUGGCGGCUAUCCGCCUCAUCCUGCGGCACACCCACUACCCCCGCCUCAUCCCCAUCAUCACCAGUAACUGCUCCUCCAAGUCUGUGGCUGUCAGGAGGCGCUGCUAUGAGUUCCUGGACCUCAUGCUGCAGGAGUGGCACACCAACACGCUGGAGAGGACACAUUCCUACUCCCGUAACCAUGACAACGGGAGGGGAGACGUCAAAAAGCAGGAGGAAAACCGUGAGGCUGUUCACAUCGACCGGGAAGAGGAGACGAGAGGAGGGAGUGGGACUGAGCAGGAUCUGGUCCUUCAGGAGAUUGUUGUGUGUUACUGGGGUUUCCAUGGCCACUACAGCCGUGAGGCGGAGCUUCUGUUCCAGGCGCUGGAGUCCACCUAUCAGAAGGCGCUCCAGUCUCACCUGAGGAGCUCGGACAGCGUGGUGUCUCUGCCUCAGUCGGACCGCUCCUCCUCUUCCUCCCAGGAGAGCCUGAACCGACCGUUAUCUGUGAAGAGUCUGAUUGGAGGCAGCAUUUCAAGAAGUAAACUGGUGGGUACCAGGGUUUCCUCCACACCGGGGUCCCUGCAGCGCUCCCGCAGCGACAUCGACGUGAACGCCGCCUCCAGCGCCAAGUCCCGCCUGUCCAGCGUCCCCGCCUCCUCGCCGUUCAGCUCUGCGGCCGCCCUCCCCCCAGGAUCCUACGCCUCUCUGGACGGCGUUCUUGGUAAAAGUGACGGUCGUGUCCGUACCAGACGCCAGAGCUCAGGCAGCGUGGGCGGAGCCAGUCCCUCAGUGGUGGACAGCAGGGGGCGCAGUCGAGCCAAGGUGGUCUCCCAGUCCCAGCGAUCCAGAUCAGCCAAUACCGUCAGCGGUAAGGCCUCAGCUUCAUCCAAUCUGCUCCAAGCUCCUCCCCUUUUUCCUCAUGUGCUCCAAUCAGGGCCGUCCUGCUCCUCUGUCCGUCUGCCUGCAGCUGUUGCAUGCUUCUCUUUGGACGUGGCCCACAUCUCCUGUCCUCCCGCAGCCUCCCGCCGUCACUCCCGUUCAACCAGUGCCCUGUCCACAGCCGACGCCCACGGCCAGUCAGAUCGCUACGGUUUGAUCCACCAGGCGAGGAUCUCUGCGUCGGUGAACGCCAUGCGGGUCCUGAACACCGGCACAGAGGUGGAGGCGGCGGUGGCGGACGCUCUGCUGUUAGGAGACUCCAGGAACAAGAGGAAGCCGCUGCGGCGGCGGUACGAGUCUCCUGGGAUGUACUCUGAUGAUGACGCCAACAGCGACGCCUCCAGCGCCUGCUCAGAGCGCUCCUACAGCUCCAGGAACGGGGGCCUCCCCCACUACCUGCGGCAAACGGAGGACGUGGCCGAGGUCCUGAACCACUGCGCCAGCUCCAACUGGUCGGAGCGCAAGGAGGGCCUGCUGGGUCUGCAGACCCUCCUGAAGAGCCAAAGAAUCCUGAGCCGAGUGGAGCUGAAGAGACUCUGUGAGAUCUUCACCAGGAUGUUUGCAGACCCUCACAGUAAGGUAGAGAACCUUCCAGAUGUCUGUAGAUGUUCCCAGAUGGAAUCGUUUCCAUUCGACCAGCAGUUCAACAUCUUGAUGAGGUUCAUCGUGGACCAGACCCAGACGCCAAACCUCAAGGUGAAGGUGGCCAUCCUGAAGUACAUCGAGUCUCUGGCUCGGCAAAUGGACCCCACAGACUUUGUGAACUCCAGCGAGACUCGGCUGGCGGUUUCCCGCAUCAUAACUUGGACCACUGAACCCAAAAGCUCUGAUGUGAGGAAGGCGGCCCAGGUGGUUCUGAUCGCCCUGUUUGAGCUCAACACCCCGGAGUUCACCAUGCUGCUGGGGGCGCUGCCCAAAACCUUCCAGGACGGCGCCACCAAGCUGCUGCACCACCACCUGAAGAACUCCAGCAACGUGAGUUCUCCCAGUAACACGUUGGGUCGGACGGUACCGCGCCACACCCCCAGCAGAACCAGCCCCCUCACCUCUCCCACCAACUGUUCCCAUGGAGGAGUCUCCCCCAGCAUGACGGAGUACGACACAGAGAACAUGAACGCUGAGGAGAUCUACAGCUCGCUGCGCGGCGUCACCGAGGCCAUCCAGAGCUUCAGCUACCGGAGCCAGGAGGACCUGAACGAGCCGCUGCCACGGGACGGCAAGCGGGACCACGCCGUGGGACGGGAAGGCGUGGCGCCCUCUCCGGGUUCUGAGGCCCGUCUGGGUUUGGACGUGGUGGAAGGCGGCCGCACGGCUCUGGACAACAAGACGUCGCUGCUGAACACGCCGUCGCCGCGCUCCUUCUCUGGGCCCAGGACCCGCGAGUUCUCCCCGUACGGAUACGGCGACACCAUCUACGACAAGAGCGCCCUGAAGGAGGCCGUGUUCGACGACGACGUGGAGCAGUUCCGCGACUGCCGGCGGCCGGAAUCAGGAGGAAUCCAGACCAGUCUUCCCAAAGCCUUUCCUCCGGUCGGUCCCGAUAACUCGGACCUGGUGGCUGACCUGCUGAAGGAGCUGUCCAAUCACAACGAGCGCUGUGAGGAGCGUAAAGGAGCCCUGGUGGAGCUGCUGAAGAUCACACGCGAGGACAACGCGGCGGUGUGGGACGAGCACUUUAAGACCAUCCUGCUGCUGCUGCUGGAGACGCUGUGUGAUAAAGACCACACCAUCAGGGCUCUGGCUCUGCGAGUUCUGAAGGAGAUCCUGAGGAACCAGCCGGUCCGCUUCAGGAACUACGCCGAGCUGACCAUCAUGAAGACCCUGGAGGCUCACAAAGACUCUCAUAAAGAGGUGACCGGGUCCAGGAGGGUUCUGAACCUGAGGAGUGACAUCACGCCGCCAUAUUUGGACCUCCUCUCAGGUCCAGAGUCCGGUUCUAACCGUCCUCCUACCAGAACCGCGCUGAUCCAAAACAUCAGGACCACCAACAGACAGAACCUGCGGUGGAGCAGCGCCGGCCCGGGGGCUCAGUCCCAACCGGGGGGCUCAGUCCCAACCGGGGGGCUCAGUCCCAACCGAGGGGCUCAGUCCCAACCGGGGGGCUCAGUCCCAACCGGGGGGCUCAGUCCCAACCGGGGGGCUCAGUCCCAACCGGGGGGCUCAAUGAAGCUCCUGAACCUCUACAUCAAACGGGCCCAAACCACCAACAGCAACAGCAGCAGCUCCUCCGACGUCUCCUCCCACAGCUAAGGCCCGCGGGCCGGAACCAGAACCAGCCGGGCCGCAACCAGAACCAGCCGGGCCGG